UGAGAGGAGAAAGGAGGGAUCCUGAAGCAGCAGAGCUCAUUUCUCCCCUCACGUUCCUCGCCGGAGAGAGAGUCCUACUGGUUCCGAUGAACCAACUCAACCUUAACUCGGGGAGUAUUUCAUAACCCGGGAUAAAAACCAUCCAAACAAACAACACAUGCUUUUCUGACACGACUCCAGAUACUACACACACACCGUGGUCGGGUGGCGGAGGGGACAUUUACUACGUGGCUGGUUUUUGUGACACAUUGUGAACACACAGAGAGGAGAGAGACGGAGGGAGAAGAUGUUGCUGAAGGAGUACAGGAUAUGCAUGCCUCUCACAGUGGAGGAGUACCGCAUUGGGCAGCUGUACAUGAUCAGUAAACACAGCCACGAGCAGAGCGACAGAGGGGAAGGAGUGGAGGUCGUCCAGAACGAACCGUAUGAAGACCCGGCGCACGGCCAAGGACAGUUCACAGAGAAACGAGUCUACCUCAACAGUAAAUUACCCAGCUGGGCUCGAGCGGUGGUUCCCAAAAUCUUCUACGUGACGGAGAAAGCGUGGAACUACUACCCUUACACCAUAACAGAAUAUACAUGCUCAUUCUUGCCCAAGUUCUCCAUCCACAUAGAGACAAAAUAUGAGGACAACAAAGGAUGCAAUGACAACAUCUUUGACACCGAGCUGAAGGAGCAGGAGAGGGAGGUGUGUUUCAUCGACAUCGCCUACGAUGAGAUCCCCGAGCGCUACUAUAAAGAGUCCGAGGACCUGCGAUACUUCAAGUCAGAUAAGACGUCGCGGGGGAUUCUUCAGGAGGGCUGGAGGGACACCCAGGAUCCCAUCAUGUGCUCGUACAAACUGGUCACCGUCAAGUUUGAGGUGUGGGGUCUGCAGACACGUGUGGAGCAGUUUGUGCACAAGGUGGUUCGGGAUGUGCUGCUGCUGGGACACAGACAGGCAUUCGCCUGGGUGGAUGAGUGGAUCGACAUGACGAUGGAUGAGGUGAGAGAGUUUGAGCGCGCCAUCCAGGAGGCCACCAACGAGAAGAUUGGGUUUUUUCCGCCGUCGAUCUCCAUCGGCGACACGCCCCUGUCCUCCUGUUCCCUCACCGGCCCUGCCAGCGCCCCCACCACCCCCAUGUGCACUGACGCGCCCGAGUCCCUCUCUGUCCCCAAGGACCGACCCCGCAAAAAGUCUGCUCCAGAAACCCUGACCCUUCGCGACCCUGCCCCAAGUGACGUCCCCCAGCCCAGUACCCCGAGCCCACUACCCGUAUCAAACCACGUCCAAUCGUCCACACCGCCCUCCUGCAACUCUGAUAUUGCUGAGUUGGACGAGCAGUAGAGGGACCUUGGGAUGUCUUCCCCUACCCAGUGCUUUACUUAUUCCCCCCCCCCCCCCCCCAACGCCAUUGUCUUAGUAGCCCAACGAGACUAGCCUAACCUCCAAACACCAGUGGCCAGACAUUCACGUUCUCUAGCCAUAUCCAAUGAUUUGCCAUAAUCCCGGACACACAACGGUCCCAAUCACAAUAGAAGUCCACAUCAGCGUCACUGAUGCCAUCCAGGCAGCUGCAGGCUUAGCCACCCUGAUGUGGCUGACGUCCUCUUCCAGCCACAUGUCUCAUCUAUUAUAACAACCACCUGUGAUGUCUAAUCAAAACAAAGUGCAUCCCUAAUUUUUUUUUUUUUGUUGAGCGCCAUAUAAAUAAAUUAUUCUUAUUGUUUCCUUAUGAUUUAUUCAAUCAGAUGAGCUGAUUGCUUUCAAGCUGUUGAACUAUGAAGUAGUUGCCUUAGCACCACAGAGCCAGUGGUAUUUAUUAGUUCGGACAACGUGCGCGAAUGAAUGCCUGACAAAUACUGUCCUUUCUUCAGUCUGUAAAAUGGCUGCAUGUAUUAAAUUAGAGAGGAAAUCAAUGAGACAAACUAGAGUAGCACAGUAGAUCUAAUAUGAGACAGCCAAGAACCCACACAACAGAAUCACUUAGCAACUGUUUCCUGAGCCGUCUUAACUGGCCCUUGCGGAUCAGAUUGCACCCAUGCUUUCCAUCCCAAACUCCAAUUAUACAACAGAUGCAAGAUCAGUACAAUCACAGAGAGUUAACACCUCAGGUCUCCCCGACUCUACCUGGCUCACACUCCAAAGGCAGGGAUACCACCGCAACCUUUCUCACCCUGCUUAUUGCCAAACAGCCACAUUUUAUACCUCCACGGAUAUUACAAUACCGCAACUAUUGUAUGUACUAUACCAGUCUACUUAACCCUCGGAAUGUUUACACAUCAGAAACCUAGGAGCGUUUGCAUAUUAUUAGCAGUAACGUUGUACCUUUUAAGCUGUUGUUAUAUCUGCACUUGCGGUUUUAGCAUGACAGUUUAAUGAUUCUGAAUUAGUUGGAAGUUUAUGACUGCAUAUAUCUUACUCAAGCUGACUGAGAGGUCAAUACAACAAAAAAAAAAGUAAAAUGUUGCCUGAAACUAAUGCUGGACAUCUCAUGUGACAUAAACGUGAUCCAAUUUUAUCAAAUCACUUUAUUGUCACGUGUAGGAACAAGGCCAUUUUGGGGGCGUUUUUAAACAUUGACUGGUCUUGACAAUGACAACUCAAAGGGCACAUGCAUCAAGCUGACUUGAGUAUGUGCUUUGUUAGCUGCAUAGCAUUUUGCGGAAGUGCUGAUACUUUUUGACUUUGCAAGUCCCGGCUGUUAAUACCGAACUAGCGCUUUGGCGGGCGCGGAAAAUGAUUUUGAAACACCCUUCGCAGUGCCCCUUUAUUUGUGCCGGGCUAGUACUGCUAGUCACCAUCUAAAACAACAGGUUAUUCUUUGAACCCCCUUUAUUCCAGACAAUAUUACUCAAAGAAAGGGUUUUUAUAUGCUGCAUGGAAUGUGCACAACAUAUAUACAUAUUAUGUGAAGUAUAUUUGUAUAUACUGUAAAUGAAUGGAUUGGUACAGUAUAUUUGGUGAUGCAACUGUAUGGGGGGGAAACAAAGUGAAUGCCAACUUUGGAAGCUCUUUAACAAUUUUGUAUAUUAGGAAAAGCAGAUUUUGAGUGAAACAUAAGCAUGCCCAGAGAAUAUAGGCCUACAAACUCGUUCAACUCAGUGCCUCUGCAUGCAACUAUUGUAUCAUCACCUACAUGUGAGUAAACCAAAAUCUCUUAUAUGUCAUCUAUAGAAACACAAAAUGUCAUUGCAUUUCUUUGCCUGUUUUCUAUCUCAAAUGUUGCAUUUAACCAAGAAUGAAAAUGGGCUACAGCCCCAUAAUACAGUAGUUUAAACUACAAGAUAAUCAGAUCAAAUCAAUCAUAUCAAACAACGUCACCAGAAAUCUCAAGUAUCAGGGUUAGUUUGUUAUUAUAUUUUAUUAAAUUAGUAAAUUUUUGUUCCCCCAGUCAUACCAACUUCUUCUAACUUUACAGCGCAAAUGCAUUUUUGCACUUUUCCAGUCUUUGACACCUUAUUGGACAAUGAAGAAAUGUUUAACAGUCUUGUUGGGUUUGUUGGACCAAAGUCCUCUAAUACAGCGUAGUGAGUUCGAAGAGAGCAGUCCGAGGAGAGAGUCCUCAGUGGUCUUGCCAUAAAAUAUUGUUAAUAUUAUGUACAGUUUCUCACUUGCUUUUGUUAAAAAAAAAAAAAAAAUCAAAACGACUGUAGCUAUUUAUCUGUAACUGUAGCUUUUGUCUUUUGCCUUUUGAGGAUAAAAAUGUUAUAUACCAGUUAUUGGCCCUCUGUAUCGAUCUAUUAUGUAUAGAUUAUACAUACUUAAACCUCUGGUAUGGACCAUCUCUCUUGUCAGGAACACAGAGAUCCAGGGAUACAUUUGAUCUACCACGGGCUAUUAAAGAUAAUGCAAAAUAAUAUCCAAUUGUGUAACAUUAUUGUUCUGCUCUGUUUAAAAGAGUAACAUAUUAGGUAUUGUAAAUACUAUUGUUAACGACUGAGUAGGUUUCUUACAUUGAAUCUGUUCCAAGUUGCAUCCCUGAUGUGACACGAAUGUGCUCAAAGAUUUCAAAUAGACAGAGAAGGAUAUUCUUUAGUGUUUGUGUGAUAAGGAUGGCGUCUCCGCGGAUAUGAAUUUGACGUUUCUUUUAAUCUCUAGGAGUAAUAUGUGUCUUUAUCUAUGAAGUCAUUGUCAUCUAUCGAGGAUACUGAAUUCCGUCAAGUUCUCAAUCGAGUAUCAAGGUUCCUCAUCGUAGUGGUGCACUUUUGACUCUCCAGUUGCUUUUGGUGACCCUGCAGGGCAAACUUAUUUGUACAAGUUGUAUCAUAAAAUUAAGCUUUUCUUUUUUUAGUGGGGUGGCUGCUUUGACGUUUACUUGCCAUGGUAAUUCAGAGGUGAUUGGCUUUUUCUCUUGUUUCUCUUUUUUUUGUAGUAAACCUGCUGUACUUUGAAUUUGUGGUUGCUGUAUUGUUUGAAGGAAAAUCUAAAUUAGUUUAUCAUUAUUUCUUUGGAUAAAAGGACCAAGCUUUUCGCUCCUCCUCCCCCUCCCCCCUGAUGCAAUUUGCAUUCGGCCAGGCUGUUUUGCUGUCUCCUGAUAACUGGGAACCGUCUCACCAACCAGGAUCACUGAGUUAGCUGUGCCGAACUGCUCCGAGUGAAAACCAGAAGCAGCCCAGUGUAAUUCACUGGCUGAUUCAGCUUUCUACAUUGAUGCUGCUUUGUGAAACGGGUCCCAAAAGUGCCAUUCGUGUUCGGCUGCUGGAAGUCGCUCUCAGUUCUUCCACUUUAACUAUUAUUGUAUUUGUUAUAUUUUUACUGCCCUUUGAGGUUCAUUUGGUUCUUUGUUGUAAUUGUUUUACUUUUUUUCUGAAAUAGACAAAUAAACUUUACUAGCUAUUGCA